AUGGCGUUCACCAGGCAGCCUGAGAACAACUCUCAAUCGAGGAGCGCUGGUUGGUGGGCUCUCCCAGGCAGUCAACUGUUGAGCCGUCUGUCUGAGCGAGCGAGGGGGCCAUCCCUGGAUGCCGAUCUCGAAGCAAACCUUGCUAGCUCGACUGAGCGGCUUCCCGAUCAGCAGCACGCAGACGGCGAUAAUCAAGUCAGCUCUGGCCGAUUUUCCUUAUUCUCAUUGGCGCAGCAGCGACAAGCACGCAACGUUCAAUGGGCACAGCACACCGCCACUCUCAACUCAGAGCAUACAGGGUCAUCGCAACCUCGACGCAGCGCGGGUUCUGACCAAACCGCCGUCGAACUGCAAGUUCUUUCGACAAACGAUAGCUCCUCCGAACAACCAGCUGCGGCGAUAAAUAUUCCGGAGAACGGACCCCCAUCCGGCAAUCCCUGUGCAAAGGACUGUGGCCUGACACCAUUGUCUCUCGGAAUCCCCGAGCCAAAGUUCUACCCGGUCAACACUCCUCCACCAGCUCCUGGGUUUUUUGCCCUCUUUGCAUUGCCUGGAACGCCCUCGGAAGCUGGCUCGUCGUUGGCAAGCCCUUGCCUGGAGGCGGGCAUCCCUCCUGAUCACCAGUUUCGGUGGUAUCAACCGAACCCAGACACGUUCGGUAAUCGCCACGGCAGCAUCAGGGAUAUCCUGACCUACAAGCUGUGGCUAUUCAUGUACCAUACGCUCUUAUUUCGCAUGCCCGUCUUCUACUAUGCAAGGGUCUCUCGUGUGUUGGAAGAUGCCGACAUGAGCAUGGCGGAGGUCUACAAGCUGGCGAGGACGACGACUGCGGAGUGGGCGGCGAAGGGCUUCGAAGAGCGGAAAGAGGCGUUGGAACGCCUGCGACGCAUCUCUAAUUGA